AUGGUGAUACAGCGAGACGAUUUCCUCCUACGUAGUGGUGCAGACCACUGGCCUCCUGAACUCCCUAAAACUCGAAAUACACGGACAGGGAGAUUUUCGAAAGGAAUGUUCCGUGAAGUAUUGUCAAGAUAUGCUCCAGGCUUACCCAUAGCGCAACAGGUUUCUAGACGACUGUUUGCAGCGGAAGCCAAUUUACAGCAUCCCGCAGAUACAAGCAGUCAACCAUCGUUAGACAGACCUAACGAGCAGAUGACUUCGACGGUUAGUCGUAGGAACAUUAAUCGAGUUUGCCUUAGUGGAACAGUAACAGGCAAACCGUUUUAUGGAACAACCAAAAAUGGCGGCAAAUUUGGAAUUGUUCGAAUUACUUCAAAUUCAUUUGGAGGUCAGUAUGAUUUCCGAGUGCGUUUAGGAACACGAACUUCGCUUGCAUAUUGCAGGGAAAAUGUCGAUGAAGGCUCCCACUUGUUCGUUUUCGGUCGUUUAGCGACUUUUCCAAGAGCUGCAGCGGAUGGAACGCAAGGUUCAAGUGGAACUGUAAUGGCAUCUCGCAUAUCGGUGGAAAGCAAUUCUGCUGCAGCUGCUGUUAAUGAAAACGAACAGUUCGAUGAUAUUGACUUGUCAGCCGAAGAGGAUUUAGAACAGAGUGAGACAAAAAAAUGAACGUCUUUAAUUUGUCAUUAUUUGUGAUUGUUUGUGUUUUCUGAUUGAGUUUCCGAAUCGUCCAUACCCAUAUAUGUGUAAGGAAUAUUUUUUCCAAAUAAAAUUAGAAUGGA